AUGGCGACUUCCAGUAUUCGUUUCUUGGUUCUGUCGGAUACUCACGACUCCGCCUUCCCAUGGGACCUCCCUCCGGCAGAUGUAGUCCUCCACUGUGGCGAUCUAACUAUGAUCGGCGGCAUGUCGAACUACAAAGCUGCCAUCAAAAGCCUUUCGAGUUGCGAUGCUGAACUCAAGCUCGUAAUUCCAGGAAACCACGAUGUAUCUCUGGAUCCCACAUGGUGGGCCAAUAAUGCAGAUGAAGACGACGAUCUCGAGGAGCCAAAGAAAGCUAUCGAUUUGUUCAGCCAAUCCGAAGUUAAUCUCUUGAGCGAAGGAUACCAUUCAUUCACUCUCAAGGACGGGCGUUCCUUCACUCUAUAUGCCUCGCCUUACACACCCGAGUUCAACGGAUACGCAUUCUCAUACGCUGCGAACGAAGACAGAUUCAACCCGGCCGAAUCAGACCUGGGCCAAGUGGUUUGCGGCCCGAAGCCGAUCUCCUCGGAAGUCGAUAUUCUGAUUACGCACGGCCCACCGCAGGUCCCAGGCGGAGACUACCGCCUCGAUCUCGACGGCAAGGGCGCCCAUUGCGGCUGCCCAAAAUUGUGGAAGGCUGUCCAACGGAUUCGCCCACGACUCCACUGCUUCGGCCAUCUCCACGAGGGCUACGGAUCCCAAGUCGUUGAAUGGCAUGCCAACGGGACGCAAAGCGUUGCACCCGUCAUCAAGGAGAGGAAUAUCAUCAAGGCGCCAAAGAAGGAGGCACGCAAGACAUUACUCGUCAAUGCAGCAAUCAUGGAUCACCACGGCGAAAACAACAAACCCUGGUUGGUGGACUACUAG